CCAUCUCGCGAACAAGGAGCGAGCCUGGGUAACUUGCCAUGCGCAGUUGGAGGCUCAUUUGAAACUAUUUGCUAGCUAAGCUAACUGAUAUCUGUCUAUUAAGCGACGGUAUGCGCUUGCAUUCAUCUAUCGCAGGACGGAUUUAAAAUGGAGCAUCGUUACGUUGACGGUUCGGGAGAGCUUAAUGAUGAGAACUCCAGCACCAGGUCCACCUCACCAUCAUCAUCAUUGGGUCAGUCUCCUACAAUGGACCGUAAUCCAUCCCCACCACCCGAAAGAGAUGGCGAACAGGCAGAAGAUAAAAAUGAAGUGGAUGCUAUCGGAGAGACGGUGUACAGCAAGCACUGGCUUUUCAGCACCCUAACACGUUUGAUCCAGAUGGUAACGGACUUUUCACAAGAAGAUUCUGAAUCUCAGAUGCAGCUGACAAGGGAAGAUGAGGAUGAUUUGUGUAAAAUUUGGGACAUGGCGAUGGAUAAGGAUGUGGCAGGUUUCUUGCAAGAGUUCAAAGCUGCAGAUAUUCUGCUUGGAGUCAUAGCAAAAUCCCAGUGCCCUCGUCUUACAGAGAUCUGUGUGGGCAUCUUAGGUAACAUAGCCUGCUUCCCUGACACCUGUCUGACCCUCAGCCAGAACAAAGACCUCGGCGCUGUGCUGUUGCUUCUCCUUGGAGACACAGACCCUCCCACUCUACUGGAGACGAGCAGGUUACUGCUCACCUGUGUCUCCCAGAGGGACGUGUCUGGUCUGUGGCUGGAGCGGAUAAGGCAGAACACCUCUGUGCCCUCCAGCCUCUGCUUCAUCAUGAGCAGCUCCACCAACAUGGAUCUGUUGGUGAAGGUUGGGGAGCUGGUGGACAAGCUGUUUGACCUGGACGAGGAGUUGAUGAAGAGCUGGAUCUCCCCCCAGCCCGCCGAGGAGGAUGGGGAGUCCCGUCCAGACUUGGCCUCCUCGCUGCUCGAGGCUGCCAAGCAACUGAGACUAGAGAGUUCAGAAGGUCUAGAAGCCUACCUACAUACCCUUCAGCUCCUAACUACUGUUGAUGAGGGCAUUCGGGCCUUGGCCGUCCCUGAUGGUGUGGGCCAAGCAGUCUGGGACUUUCUCUGUGAGGUUGUGUGUGAAGACCUUUGUCAGCCAGAUGACCCACCUCUGGUCUUACAGGAGCAGAACCUGCUGCUGGUCCAGGCGCUGGCUGUGCUCUCAGCGCUCUAUGCAUGCCCGGACCACAGCCACCGCAAAGCAGACACCUACUUGCCCUUAAUUGGAAGCAUGCUGCGGGUUGUGCAGUACCACAGGGAGUACCAGCAGAGCAAGGCUGAGGUCAGAGCCUGCUCAGGUGACCCUCAGAAGGGGAAGGGACAGGACGACCAGCUCCAGGCUCUGAUGGAGACCACCACGGAGUUCCUGGCUGACAUGGUGCCUCACCUGUCCAAGGACAUGGUGGCUGACUUGUUAGGAAGAGGGUACCUGACAGACAGAUCGUGUCUGUCAGCUACAGACAGUCUGCUCCCCCAGUUCACGCCAGCGGUACAUCACUUGGUGACCAUGUUGUCAGAGACAAAUCCGCAAAUGGCAGACAUGGUAAAGAAGCAGUUUCCGGCCGUAGAAGUCCCAAGGUGAUCUAGGUCUUUGCAUCCACAGUUGGUAUUAAUGAAACUUCAGAUAUCUUUGUUGGGAAAAAGAUUUUUAGAGGCUGUAGCUCUUUCGUUUGAGACUUUGAUAUCGAGACAGUUUCAUUAAAUCAGUCACGGACCGUACAGUGUAAGUGUCACAAUACGAUGAGAAACAUACAUUUCGAUCUAUAUUUCUAUCAAAAUUGAUUUGACUGUAUGCUGUCACUUAGUUAACAUAUUUUUUGUUUGCGUAUGCGAAGGGAAUUCAUAUUUGAUAUUUUUGUAUAUUUUAUAUUUAUAUAGAUGUUAAAAAUGUACUUGCUUUCAAUACUGCUCGUUGUGAAUAUUUUUUGACUUUUUCUACUAGCCUUAAAAAUAAACUCAAACCACAAUCUAUGUAUUUGCACCAUGUCAACAUUUCUGAAUGGAUAUGGUUUGCUUUUUACAUGUGUAUUAAAGUCUCAUCGCUAACUUGCUACCAA